CCUGCAGCUGGUUAAGCGGGGGCUUAGCGUCAUCCAAUCCAAUUCCAACAAGACCCGACCGAGCCCAACUCGACCGGACUAUCAUCAAGGGCCAGUUGCAGUUAGCUCGAAGACUCUGAAAUGGCAACCGCCUGGGCGCUUCAUCGUUGCUCUUCCUUAGCCUACCAACGCGCCGCUUUUGCGUCUACUGUUAUCUCAGGGAGAACCCAGGGAAUAACGGUAUCAAGUCCAAGCGGUGUCGGCGGUUUUAGGGCAUGGAAAUCGAUUUGUCUCGCCAGAAAUUACUGCUACUCUCCCACCAGCACCGACACCGCAGUCGUGGUUGCAAAUGACGACAAGUACGGUAAAAAACAGAUCAUCAGCCUCACUCCUCGCCUUUACGAUUAUAUUCUCUCCAACGUUCGGGAGCCGGAGAUUUUGCGGCAACUGCGAGAGGAGACUGCUACUUUUCGUGGCAGCCAGAUGCAGGUAUCUCCUGAUCAGGCACAGCUGCUUGCCAUGCUUGUGCAGAUAAUUGGUGCGCAACGGUGUAUUGAAGUCGGUGUUUAUACUGGGUACUCAUCGUUGGCAGUUGCUUUGGUGCUACCGGAAUCAGGUUGUUUGGUUGCCUGUGAAAGAGAUGCCAAUUCUCUUGAUGUUGCAAAAAGGUACUACGAGAGAGCUGGUGUAUCACACAAGGUCAAUGUGAAGCAUGGAAUGGCGGCAGACAUUUUAAGUUCUCUGAUUAUGAAUGGUGAAGCUUCCAGCUAUGAUUUUGCAUUUGUUGAUGCUGAGAAGAGAAUGAAUCAGGAGUAUUUUGAAUUACUACUGCAGCUGGUGAGGGUUGGGGGUGUCAUAGUAAUCGACAAUGUCCUUUGGCAUGGAAAAGUUGCAGAUCCAUUGGUAAAUGAUGCUAAGACUGUCAGCAUCAGGAAUUUCAAUAAAACCAUCACGGAGGACAAGCGUGUAAGCAUCAGUAUGGUACCCAUAGGAGAUGGCAUGAUGAUCUGCUGCAAAAGAUGACCUUGUUACUAGUUUAAUCCACUUGAGUCAGCAGCUGAUUCCACUUGCUUUAAGAUUUUUCUGUGUUGCAAAGUUUAAGAAGGAUAUAUAUUCACAAUGCCAUGAAAAUGCAUAGCGCCAGCAUAUUGGUUUAAAACAUUUGAGUACGGAGUUGUUGCAAUGACGACCUGGUCUAGCAGUAAAAUUUGAAGGUGACUGAAACUUAGAAUGCGAUCCUGAAAUUAAUAUGCAAUCUGGUAUAUGCUGCUCAAAUUUUGUGUUCCCACUCACAACAAUGGGUGAUGAUCAUGCUGGUGAACAUUGUACAAUUGAUUGUCACAACAGAUUUAACAUGGAAGUUUUAUUGUUCAAGCUGGGUUUUUGUACAUUAGAAGUUUCUUUCUUUGAUUCAUUGUGCCUUGUUAGGUACAACAAUACUCUUUUCUUGUGGUCUAAGCUAGGCGAACAAAGCAUUGUCACCGUGCUUGAAAGAAUAUUCAGUUUAAGUGAUGUUAAAUGUUGUC